GUUGCAUACAUCAGUCUAAUAUACUGUAACAUUCGUCAGGUUGAGUGGAUACUCGGGAGACAAAGUGGGAUUACGAAUACUACCGGUUUAUUCUGGUUGAAACCGAUAAAAACAACAAAUCCCUGUUCGGGCCAGGAUUCACGGCAAAAUAAAAAUAAAAGGAAUUUAAUCUAGCUAUGUCACUCUCUUAAAUCCUUUCUUUACCCUAUCACCCAACUGUCACGCUCUCCAGACUCGCCUCAGGAUCCUCCCAACUCGCUUCACAGCUCAGGCUCCUUUCUUUCUGCCUAUCACUCUGUCUCUCAGUCUCAUCAUCCCCUCAGGUUCAAGUCUUUGCACGGUCUCUCCUUGCAGGGGCAUGCCCCACCUAUAUAGCCAGGGUUGUGGUCCCACCUACCACCCGGAUCGACCCUCCAGCUCCCGCCAAUUCUGGAGAGAGGGAAACAUGGCUAAAAACAGAUCAAAAGGGCAGAAGCAGAAAAAUGUCUUUCAAGUAGCCAAUAAAAACGCUAAACCAAAAAAUAAAACAAAGCCUGUUGCAACAAGCCUUAAAAAGAUAAAAGUUGGCAAUAGUGACAAGGUCGACAACAUGAAUACAGUAUUUACAGAAGUACAAAGGGAAGUCAAGAGCAUAUCGAAAUGCACAGCCCAGGAACCAAGACGGCAGCUUCAGGUCACAAAACCAGCACCUGUCGAAAUCCUCAACAUGGAUGCAACUGCCCAGCUGUUUUCUCAGUUAUAGCAAUAAUAAUUUAGACAAGUGUUGAUUCUCAGAGACAUAGGAUUUAUUUAAUGCACCUUUGUGUCAAACUUUGGUCCAGUUAAAAAAAAUAAAACAAAUGUGCAAAAAAAAAGUCAAGGUUGUUUUCAAUAUGUACAAUAAACAAACAAACAAACAAAAAAGCAACCUGCAACUACAAAUAAAGUCUGUGUAAGCCUUUCCGCCAACUAGGAAAGUUAAAAAAAAAAAAAAAAAAAUGCUGUGACAAGUCACUUCACUAAAAUUUUAUUAUAUACACACACACACACACAAAACCCCCCCAAAAAACACACACACAGUCUGUAGGGAAUGGCAGUAACAAAAACUACAUUCAACAAGAACCUGAAACACUAAAAAUGUUGUUCCUUGGCAGUAACAUUUUUUUGUUCCAAUAAGAACAUGCAUGUAACUUCAUAUACAAAAGAAUU